GCACCGUCUUUUGUAAUUAAAAACGAAGCCACGUCCGAAGACGAGAUCAGUAGAGUCCCAGUUGGACGACGCUGCAGUUUGGGCUGAUCCAUCCGGCGGGACAAAAAUGGGAUCGACUCGUUUGCGUCAGAGUUCACUGGAAGAACGUUACCGCAAAUGUUUGCGCAUUUCGUUGACCUUCCUCUUCUCCCAGGUGGGCCUCAUCGGGCUCGUUGUGGCCUAUUCAGCCGCAGGCGCUGUUCUUUUUGAAUGGCUCGAAGCCGAUCAAGAAAUCGAACCUCGACGUAAAAUCCUCCAAAUUCGACUCGAUUGCCUCGAACGUUUAAGCCAACUCAAUUACUAUUCAGCUGGCACUUCCAUAGAGAACGGCACCGAGUUAUGGGCCAUCAAAGCCGGCGCCCUCCUCAAAGCAUUUGAAACCGAGGUGGUCAAGGCCACCAAAGUGGAGGGAUACGACGGCAAAGAAGUGGAUGACGUCGAACGUCAAUGGUCCGUCAGUGGUUCUCUUCUUUACUCCAUCACCGUCAUCACAACUAUUGGUUAUGGCAAUCUGGCUCCGAAGACUGGUCCUGGCAAAGUGGUUACCAUCAUCUAUGCCCUUAUAGGAAUCCCGUUGAUGCUGCUGUGCCUCUCUAAUUUGGGCACGUUCAUGGCCAGCAGCUUCCAAUUCGCGUUCGGCAAACUGUACUGCUGUUUGUGGUGUUCCAGUCGACGCUGUUGCUGCAACCAGAGGCGACAACAACGAAGGCGACAGCAUCACCAACAGCAAUUGAAAUCUCUGACGCAACCGGGUGUCGUCUUGUCCACUUUAUCGCCCGAUUAUAGAGCAAGAGAUGGCGUUGUCCUCCCAACAACAGCAGCAGCAACAAGAACAACCAGAACAACAGCAACGCGAGUGGAAAAGAAAGAUGGAAACAAGAAGAUGGACGACGGUCUGUCGGCGCAAGAUUUAGCCGAAUUGGCUGAACGAGAUUACGACAUUGUCAUCGAAGAGGAUCGAUCAGCUGACGGAAUAAUCAGGACAGUGGGUGGUGCUGCUGGACUGAAUUAUUGCGCGACGGACAAGUUGAACGACAAGGCUCGUUUCUUAUUGGCCGAUUGUUCGCGUUACGAUUGCCGUGCAAGUAGCAGCAGCAGCAACAACAACAACAACAACGUUGCCGGCACGCCACUACCUGGCCAUAUUAGCGACUGGCCAACCACCGAUGUUGCUGUUGAAAGUGGUGGCCAACAGGCGAACGAAGGCCAUCUCGAUCGAAUGAUGGGUGAUUCACCACUACCACCUGCUGCUGCUGCUGCUGCUGUUUCCAGUGACACCAAGCUGCUGGGCAACGUUCCAGCGACAUCAGAUGAAACGAGUAAAUUGAAUGCAACUGUCGUUAAUAAAUCGGGAGGGGGCCAGCAACGGGUGCCCGUCUCCGUGGUGUUGGCCUUUCUGGUGGGUUACAUCUGCAUCGGGGCGGCCGUCUUUUCGGCCUGGGAAGAAUGGUCUUACCUGGACGGCGCUUAUUUCAGUUUCAUCACAUUGUCGACGAUCGGAUUCGGCGAUUUGGUGCCCGGCUCGAAAGUGCUGGAACAAGGCGAAACGAAAUUAGUGGCCUGCAUCGUCUACCUGGUGGUCGGCUUGGCCAUGAUUGCCAUGUCGUUUAAUCUCGUCCAAGAAGAAGUCAUUUACAAUUUUCAAAAAUUGGGUCAAAAUAUGGGCAUUCUCGAUGAGAAAUGAACUUUUCGUUUUUUUAGCCUAAUACCUGUUUUGUUUUUUUCUAUUUUGAAUAUGUACUAAAUCAUUUAACUGCAAAUGUGUGUCAUCUUUGUUGGGGGGCUACAAUACACUUCCAGUUUCGAUUGAGGACUGGACAGUAGA